CCCCACAACCUCCCCUCACAACACCAAUAUUUUGUUUGUUGAUGUGGGUUCCCUUCUUUCUCUGGCCUCAUACAUUUCAACCGUCUUUCUCAUGCGCCGAGAUUACGUUUGUCUUCGCUCACUCACCCGCGGCCUCGUUUUCUUUCAUCCAGGCGUCGUUUCAUAGCAAAGCAUCAUCGGCUAUAUAAAACGGAUCACGGUCGUCAGUCGUCAACAUGGCUCCCAAACCCCCUCCCACGCAUCCUCCCACGCAUGCUCAGGCGCAACCCUCCAGCUCAACAUCUCCGCUUGACACAGCCUCUGUUCCUUACGCUCCCUCUACUCUUCAGGAGUUUUCAUCUUCCGAUCAACCUUACAAUUCGAUCGUGUCGUUUCAACACAUUGCAGUUCAACAACCUUACCGGAAGUACUCCACAGAAGAGCUCAGACUGGCAGACUAUCAGGCAGGCAGAAGAUUCACUGUAUCCCUAGGUGGUGCGGGAGUUGCCAGUCCAUCUUCUCUUGGAUCAAGCACAUUCGGAACAACAGACGGCACGGUUGCUGUCUCCAAAUCGAAGGAGACUACUGGCAGCGACUCCGGAAGUAACAGUUCUGGUGGUGUUAGUUUAUUUGGGACCAACAACACUCCUGUCAGUCUCUUUGGCAAUAACAGUGUUGUCAAGACUGGCGUAACUGGGAGCGUCAAGACCAACAACACUACUAGCAGCAUCGUUGGAAGCAACAGCACUGGUGGUGGUAGUUUAUUUGGGACCAACAAAAAUCCUGUCAGUCUCUUCGGAAACAACAGUGUCGUCAACACUGGGGCAACUAGCACCGUCAAGGCCAACAACACUACUCCCAGCAUCUUUGGAAGCAACGGUUCUCUGCCCUUGUCUACCGGCUCGUUUUCCUCGACACCUCCGAAGCCGUCCACGCCUACCCCUUCUUCGACUAUUUCUGUUCCUACCCCAUUUCAAUUUUCGUUUGGCACUGUCAGUUCGCCCAAGAUGGUGACAACCCAGCAGAUAGCUUCUCCCACGUUGUCGGGCCCCAGUACUGCCUCGACUAAGCAACAGCCGACUUCUCAAUCUGCCUCAGUCGUGCUUCCUAGUACCAACACGCCUAACAAGGACCGCCGUUCGACAUCCGCGACCAGAUCAGAAUCCAAGAGCGUCAGCACAGAUCAGGAAAACAGUAAUAAUGAAGAAAGCGAUGCCACUAGCGAUUACGAAUCGACAAGUGUGCACGAAGACCAUAUCCCAAAGGCUCACUUGCGUCUCCUUGAACACCGCUUAGACCUGGAUGAGCUCAAUGAGAUUUCGACCACCCCGCUCUUCACAGAGCCAGUCCGCAAGUACGCCAAUGCGAUCGCCAAAACCGCCCGUGGUCAGAAACCGUUUACCCAGUAUGGUCUGCUUGGUGGAGAUAUUGGCUCCCUUGAAUCAGAGGAGCCAGCCAACCCGGAUCCGCGCGUGUUCUGGAAUAUCGCAGCGCCUUCCAGCUUCUUCAUUUGUGGCAGCCAAGGCUCCGGCAAGAGCCACACGCUCUCUUGCCUGCUAGAGAACGCGAUGGCGCCAUGCGAGGCAAACGUCCUUCCGCAUCCGCUGACUGGAAUUGUGUUCCAUUAUGACACUUUCAUAUCUGACACCGGUGGAUCCCCUUGCGAAGUGGCCUGGCUGUCCUCUAAUCCAAAGAUUCAAGUGCGCGUACUAUGCCCACCAACAAACAUCCGGACGAUGCGCAAGCUAUACAGCAGAUUCGCCAACGUCAUGAUCGAGGAGCUUCGCCUCAACCAGUCGGAUCUGGACACCAAGCGUAUGCUCGACCUGAUGGCAGUCAGCUCUGGUGCCUCUAUGCCGUUGUACCUCCAUGUGGUCAACCGUGUCCUGCGUGAUUUGCGCAUUGAGCAGCAAGAAAAGGGCGGCUCCUUCGACUAUGCCGCUUUCAAGCGCAACAUGUUUGCUCAAGAGCUCACAGACCAACAGCUCGCUCCGCUAAAACAGCGGCUUGACACUUUGGAAAGCUUCAUGGUUGAGCAACAUGCCAAGGCGUACGAAAAAGGCCGUGAAGCAAAAUCCAAGAAAUCGACCAGAGCAAGUAGAGGCAACGACUGGACCCCUCGUCCUGGUAUGCUUACUAUUGUCGAUCUUUCCUGUCCCUGCGUGACCGCAGAGAUGGCCUGUUCAUUGUUCAACAUCUGCUUGUCUCUGUUUCUUGAACAGGACUGCAACAGCAUCGGGCGUGUUAUUGCGCUUGAUGAGGCUCACAAAUACAUGAGCUCGGACACUGGUUCCGCUGAGUGUCGCACCUUAACAGACCGCCUCCUUGAGACCAUCCGCCUUCAACGCCAUCUGGGCACUCGUGUCAUCAUCUCGACCCAGGAGCCCACAAUCUCACCCAAGCUCCUCGACCUAUGCAGCGUCACAAUUGUGCAUCGGUUUACCAGUCCCGACUGGUUGAGGGCUCUGUCCAAGCACUUGGCGGGUGUGAGCAAGGGCGGGAGGAUGUUGGAAAAGGCCUUGGCGAUGAACCAGAAUAGGGCUGAUGAUGAGGGUAUCGAUAAUGUUGGUGUCAACACAUUGGCCUUGGGCUAUGACGAUCCUGCCAUGGAGCUUUUCUCCAAGAUUGUGGCUCUGAGAGUCGGCGAGGCGCUGGUGUUUGCACCGAGCGCAAUCAUGGGAGUGCAGAAGGCCACUCCCCGACCUCCCUCUACAUCGACACCUGCAACCAAGCCUGAUGGUGGUAUUGAAGGUUUACAAUCCCAGCUGGAGCUAUUUGAUUUGGGUCCGCAAUCGGCUAGCGACAAGCAACACCAGGAGACCGUAACCUCUGCCACCGCUACCUCGAGUGGAACCGAGAAACCCCCCUCUCCCACUUCGGCGACGUCACAUGCGACGGUUAAGAGGCUGGCCCACGGCGUGCUCAAAGUGCGUAUCCGCAACAGAACUACCGCCGAUGGAGGCCGGAGUAUUAUGGCUGCCUAGUCUUUGGGCGAUUAUUAGAUGUCGAUGUCUGUCUGCGUUGGGCAUUGCCAGUGUUUGUUUUUCUUUCUUUGGGCCGGUCAGUUCGUUUUCUCGUUUCUUUUUCUUCCCUUUUUUUUUUCUUCCUUCCCCCUUGUUUUGCUCAUUUCUGAGCUGCUCUUAGAGCAGUUGCUGGUCCCAAUGAUGUUGACUGCACCGUGGUGUUAGUACGACCUCUCCUUGGGAAUGGCAUAGCUCUCUGGGGAUUGAUUGUUCUUCUUCAUAGG